AUGGUCCGCGGCGCCGACUACGACAACGGAGUCCCCCAGAGCGACAACGCCAUUCCGGCAGGCGAAACCAAGGCCCACGGCACUGGCCCAACGAACGCCGACCUGAGCCGCUCCCACAAGACCGCCCCUCUGCCCGAAGAAACCGGCUCGCAGCGCGAAGUCUUCAGCGGACAAGGGAGCUCUGGUCCCACGAAAUCUGGUAGCGGCAAGGGUGGCCACGAGCCGAAGUCGCUUGGCGAGAACAAGGGUCUUGGUGCGCAGGGCGUCAACUAA